AAAGAUACUGAAGCGAAUUCGGUCUUUGGCUUUGAGUGUUCACGACAAAAAGAAAAGAGAACAUCGAGGGAGAGAGAGAGAGAGCGAGAGAGAGGGGGGAAAAACAUACCAGGAGACUUGGCCGAUGCAUCUCUGCGAGAGCAUCCAUUUCACGGCGAUUACUGUUUGAAGCGGAGGAGACGGUGCGCAUUUCUCUGAGAAACGCGUUGCUUUUCUGUCCUCCACAAGUCAGUUUCCUAGAGCGGCUGACGGGCGGGAAGACACUUUUUUUUUCAGCCCCCCUCCUCCUGCGUUUAUCGACACGGACAGUAUUUCAUAACAAGCCUGUUUACUUGGAGCAGAAAAACCAGGUCGACCGCAGUUCUAGUAGGCUUAUACUGCAUCUUGUUUGUGGAGUGGAAUUUGCGAUCCGCAGCUGAAGACGCAAAAAAAAAAGGAAUAUCAGACGGUUUAAGUUUUCCUGGAAGUUGCGCAGUGACAGAGAAAAAAAGAAAAGGAAAAAGAAAAAGAAAAAACAUGGGAAUUUGUGGCCAUUUGGCGGUGCCUGGGAAAUGCCUUGUCGUUCUCGGACUUAAAUUGUUAUUCCUUGUACCUGCAGGAGUUCCAGCCAGAAGCGGGGAUUCUGUAUUAAAGGACAACAUCACCGUCAGACAGGGGGACAGCGCCGUCUUAAAAUGCAAUGUGGACAGCAAAGUAUCUCGAGUGGCAUGGCUCAAUCGCACCACCAUACUAUUCGCAGGAAGUGAGAAGUGGUCUCUGGACCCUCGCGUCAUCCUGAUGGAAAACACAGCCGUCACAGAGUACAGCAUCAAGAUCCAAAAUGUGGACGUCCACGACGAGGGGCCGUAUGUCUGCUCCAUUCUCACAAACAAGAAACCAAAAUCCACCAAAGUGCACCUCAUCGUUCAAGUACCCGCAAGGAUCACUAACAUAUCAAAGGACAUCACAGUGAAUGAGGGCAGCAACGUUAAUCUCAUGUGCUUGGCGGUGGGUCGACCUGAGGCCAACAUCAUAUGGAAGCAUCAUUCGCCAAGAGGCACCCAUAAAUUUGUGACGGAGGGGGAACAUCUGGAGCUGACGGCCAUCACCAAAGAGCAGUCGGGAUCAUAUGAGUGCAUCGCUUCUAAUGACAUCUCAAGCCCUGAUGUCAGGACAGUGCAAGUCACAGUCAACUAUCCUCCCUUCAUUUCUAAGGCAAGGAGUACGGGUACUCCUGUUGGACAAAAAGGAGUCCUGCAAUGCGAAGCCUCUGCUGUCCCGAGGGCAGAUUUUGAGUGGUACAAAGAAGACCGCAGGCUCUUCAACGGACUAAAUGGGGUUAAGAUAGAGAAUCAGGGUAAACAGUCAAUGCUCGUCUUUUUCAAUGUCUCAGAAGAGGACUAUGGAAACUACACUUGCGUUGCCACGAACACCAUGGGAAUCACUAAUGCCAGCAUAAUCCUUUAUGGUCCUGGUGCGAUGCACGAUGUGAACGGAGGCGCAGUGCUGCCCCGUUGCUCCGUAUGUCUCCUGCUGACUGUAACCUUAGUCCACCUGCUGAAGUUCUGAUGUGAAAUGUGACAACCUUCAAGCUUCUCUCAGCAUUGAACAGCAAGAACAGACUAUUAGUCCUAUUAGAAGAAUGGAAACCCAAGAGCGCCAGUGGUUCACCUUUAGUUAUCUUUCUUUUUUUUUAUUUUAUUUGAUUGGGUUUUUUUUCUGUCUGCCUUUGCAACAGAGUCUGUUCUCUGUUGGCUCGCCCAGAGUGAGAGGCAUCAAUCCAAGGAAGGGAAAAAUUUGAAUCAUGCACUAAUUUGAUGAUGGCAGAACAACUGAGUUUGUGUCUCCCCCAAACCUUUUUGUAUGUGGAAAGGGAAAAAAAGAAAAAAAAUUACAUGUAACUGUUGAUAGUUGACUGUUUAUUGCCCAAUAUUGAAGUGUACAUUCAGAUAAUUAUUAUUGUGUCACGUCCUGUUCAAUAUCUGUACAAUACCAUUAAGCUUUUUUUUUUUAAGUAAACAACAAAAAAGGGAAAAAAAAAUGUAAUGUGAUUGUUGAAUUUUACUGUAUUUUUACAGUCGUAUGCAAAACAGAAUAACAGAUCGUUCAUGAGAAACAGUUCGGAAUAAUAAAUAGUACACCAUGAUUUCUCAGGCAAUGUCCUACAUCAUAGUGCAUCUGAAUUUUGAUUUCUAUUGUAGUGUGUGUAGAAAAUGUACAAAUGUGUACAGACAAUUCCUGCACUGUUGUUUUUUUUUCAAAAUGCAUACACUAUCAAAGUGCAUAUCUGAAACACCUAAUCACAGUGUCAUAGCAGCUUCAUGGCAUAUUCAUACUCGAUCCAGAAGAAUCUGAAAUGAGAUUUUCAGACUCAAAAACAUUUAAGUGAAGUAUCAUUUAGGGCAGAAAUGUCGGUCACCUCAUUCUCUGCAAUGACAAAUGAAAUCAUGUAAAGCUGAAACUUGUUUCAUAGAACUGUUAACCUGCUGAUGGUACAGGUAAAGGCUCAUGUUAGCGGGUGGUCUAAUUAGCAACUUCGCACUGAGCUGGCUUCUCACUAAGUGGUGCUGGUAAUUUAGGGAACUACAUUUGAUUUGUAAAAGUACAUUUUCCUCAAACAGCGGAUGAUAUUUUGGGCUUUUAAAGUCUUGUUUUUAAGCCGCUGACUUGAUAACUUACUGUCAGAGUAAGUUAUCAAGUCAUCUCCAAAAUCUGCAAAACCACAUUCAUAUUUAAUGUUCAGCCGUUCCGUGCGUUUCUCAGGCAGCCACAGUGGUCCACAAGUUUCCUUGGUUGAGCAGUGGACUUUUAUGCAACUGAGGCUUUUUGUUUGGAUUUGCAGAAGCAGCCAAACAGGCUGCAGCUUAUCACAAAUCAUGUUCUGGUUCAAUUUUUGUUUGUUGGUUUGUUUGUUUUUUUUUCUGUUUAUCUGCAAGUAAGAAAUAAAUGGUCCAGUACUUUAUAAUGAAUGGUUGUCUUGUUUAACAUAUCUCUUAAAAACCUAAAUGUCAUUUGUUUUCAUUCAUAUCUGUGUGAUUCUUUUUUUCUUGAUCAUUAUUAAUUUUGUAUUUUUGCUAACUUUAUUGCUGUUAUGGUGUAGUCGUUGUAAUGGUAAUGGUAAUGCUAAUGAAAGUGUGCACUGUGUUACCACUACAUGCUACAAUACCACCUUCAAGGAGCUAAUUAAAGGAUCAUACUGCUGUUUUUGUUCUGUCUUAAUCUAUUACUGUACUAAAAUGAAUUUACAGGCUAAAAUCAGCUUAAGUUUUAAGUAAUCCAUCACAAUGAAAACAGACAUUAUGUUCAUUGUGAUGGUUUACUUAUAAGUUCAUUUGAUCUUAAUAUGUAACAUUAUUUUACCAUAGUAGUAGAUUAAGACAAAAUAAAACUGCCAUAUGUUCCUUUAAUUAGCUCUUUCACAUAUUUAAUUUAUUCAAAUUACAAAUAAAGUUUUGAAGUCAAACAUUCACUGUCAGUUAACCAGAAAAAAAAGGUGUUUUAUCACAUUCAUCACCCAGAUAUUAAAAUGUUUUAAUUUUAAUGUGAAGUGGUGGAGUAGCUAGAUAAACUAACUCGAUUUAGAACCUCUUCAGUUUGAAUAUGCCUGUGUUUUUGACUAGUUCAUUGAACAAAAAAAAAAAGAACAAAAAAGACUGGUGCACAGGUCCAGUCUCCAUCCAUCCAAGCCACAGGUAACACGUGAGAAUAUUUCAUGAAUGACAGGACGAUGAAUGAAUGUUCCGUGUAGCUGCUAUGAAACUUUUUUCAGGUGUUACGAAUGUGUGCUUUUAACCUGGUUUUGCCCCCCCCCCCCCGAGAUAAACAGCAGCCGCUGUUCUCAAGACUGCAGGAGUGACUGUUGUGUUCUGUGGUUGGUGGAUGCAUGUUCAAGGGACUUUUUCCAGUCUGCCUUGCACAGAAAUUUCCAGUGAGGAGAAUAUUACUUACGGCACAAGUGAUUAAUGAUGUGAUGUUCUUAUAUUGUCCAGUUCACUCCUGUGCAUACCUUUGAGUAAGAAGUGUGUUGAAGACUAAACAACAGGGAUGAGAUCCAUGUAUGUGGGAAUGCUUUUGUUGUACUCACAUGUUCAGUUAUGUGCUUGUGAUGAUGGUGAACCAGUGAGCUGCAGACUAUGUCACAGGAUGUGAUUUCACUUUAUAGGGGUUUGCAAAAAAAUAUAUAUACAGACAGGUGAGAUUCAGAUGCCUGCAAAACUAAAAUUAAGGGUUUACUGUAACGCUUCUCAUCCCAGAUAGAUGAACAUGAUAAAUAUUGAUGUCAAUAAGCUUGAAUCAAUUUGUUUAAAAUCCCCAUUAAAACACAACUGAUACUGGAAUUUACCUAAGGCGUAUUUUUGCAUAUAACAACCACACUGUCACUGUUGUGGUGACAAGCAGUAAUUUGUUUUUAUGGUUUAAGGAUUUUUUUAUUUAUGUAUUCCACAUUAUCUAUAAACCUCUUCGAUGCAUAAUUCUCUGGGCAUUUUAGAGUUUGUAGUAUUUACAGCUCAUGUGUCUUUUUGAGUUUACAAUGUAUGCUUCCAUCCAUGGCUGCAUUAUU